UUGGAGCAUCAGUGCCACGAUCUUCACUCUGAACAACAUGAGACCAAGGUGGAGAACGUGAAGCUGAAGAACACGAAUGACGAGUUGUCCCGGGAGCUGGAGCACACCAGCCAGGAGCUGAUGCUGGCCCAGGAUCAGCUGAGUCUGCUGCAGGACCAGUCCACACGGCUUCAUGAGGAGAAGGAGAUUGAAAUAUACAGACUGACUGAGGGACUGCAGAGAGAGCGAACAAGCCUCCUCAAACAACUGGACCUUUUGAGGGAAAUGAACAAACAUUUACGGGAUGAGAAGGACAUAUGCUUUCAGAAUCCAAAGAAUUAUAGGAAAACACCAAGUUUGAGGCCUUCAAUGAGUGCUCUGAAACAUACAAACACAAACGUCUUCAAAAGUGAGGAUGAGGAGGAGAUGACCACCAGCUCGGCGAGGCACAACCUAGCCAAUGGGUCGAGCCAGUCCUACGUCAGAGCGAACACUAGAGGACACCUCCAGAGGAUCAUCUCCAUCGAGGAGGACCCACUCCCCAGCUUACUCCAGACUGACUCUGUGGCCCAAACUCCUCUUCAGGAGUGCAGUGAAGAAGAGGAAGCCUCUGACAAUGAGGAGAAUAUAGACUUGGUGAUGAGCGAUAUUCUGGGAGCGUCUUCUGCCCAACAGCAAAAGACGAAAGAACAUGUGGAGGAAAGGGAAACCCCCACAUCUCCAAGGGGUCAGCCUGUUGGCAAGGAAACCAGCACAACUGAGGAAGGCGGUCCUUCGCCGCCCGACCGCCUCUUCAAGAUCGUCCUGGUUGGGAACUCCAGCGUGGGAAAGACGUCCCUCCUCCGGCGAUUUUGUGAUGAUAGCUUCCACCCGGGCACUUCUGCCACUGUGGGUAUAGAUUACAGUGUAAAGACAAUUAUUGUGGAUAACAGCCAGGUGGCACUGCAGUUAUGGGAUACAGCAGGACAGGAGAGGUAUCGUAGCAUCACCAAACAGUUCUUUCGAAAGGCUGACGGAGUGGUUGUGAUGUAUGACAUCACAGCCGUGCAGAGCUUCAACGCUAUCAGACAGUGGCUUACAAAUGUAAAGGUAAGACGUUAACAGUGACAAUGAGCUGC